AAGGGUGAACUUCUUGGUGGGUGUGAUAUUGUAGUUGCCAUGCAUGAAAGUGGAGAAUUGAUGGAGGUGUUCAGAGAUCAUGGAAUUCCUUUUAUUUCAAAGCAGAACGUGCCAUCUCCUGGAGCUCAAGGAUCUGGGAAAGGUGGGGUAGCUGGCUCCACAACUCUCAGUGCUGAAUUAGCAUCUCGACUGGGAACCCUCAUAAACUCAAGUUCUGUUGUGCUGUUCAUGAAAGGGAAACCUGAAGAGCCUAAGUGUGGUUUUAGCAGCAAGGUUGUUGAUUUACUCAAGCAGGAGAAGGUUGAGUUUCAGAGCUUCGAUGUGCUUUCUGAUGAUGAAGUUAGGCAGGGUCUGAAAACCUUUUCCAACUGGUCUAGCUAUCCUCAGCUCUAUGUGAAAGGUCAGCUCAUUGGAGGAUCUGAUAUAGUGCUUGAGAUGCAUAAGAGUGGAGCUUUAAGGAAAGUUCUUGCAGAAAAAGGCGUCAUCCAGGAAGAAAAACUUGAGGAUCGCUUAAAGAAUCUGAUCUCAUCAUCCCCCGUAAUGCUUUUCAUGAAGGGUAAACCUGAUGCGCCCAGCUGCGGGUUCAGUUCGAAGGUUGUUAAUGCUCUGCGAGAGGAAGGAAUCAGUUUCGCAUCAUUUGAUAUUCUAUCUGAUGAGGAAGUUAGGCAAGGAUUAAAAACAUAUUCGAACUGGCCUACUUUUCCUCAGCUGUACUACAAAGGAGAAUUGAUAGGUGGCUGUGAUAUUGUCAUGGAGCUGCGUAAAGCUGGGGAGCUCAAAUCUACUCUUUCUGAGUAAAGGUAUUUUGUUUUGUUGAAGAAAUGGUUCUUUGUUAUUGUUUUGGAACCCGAUGUUGUCGGGCUGUUAUCUGAUUGAAUCGAUGUGCUUUGACUAUUGAUGAACUUUUUUAUUUUACCAUGUGGGAGUUGUGAUUAUGGAAUAUUUAGUCUAUUUCUUAAUGUUUUUUUGUUCUUGCUUACAACUUGUGUUCGGU